UCCCCGUCCCCCCUCGGAGCGUGUUCGUUCUCCCUGCCCCCCCGCCUCCCCACGCGUGCGGCCCUCGAGGGGCUGUGUCGUCCCGCACGCCCUCCCUGCGUCUGUCGUUCCCUCCCAGAGCAUGCCGAGCCACACCCACCCAGCUAAGCUCCCGAAGUACCCGCCCCAAGACUCAACGGUUUGUCACCCACUAGGAGGGAGGGGGAAACCGAGGUACAGGAGAGCCUUCCUGCCUCUCUCUGAGGACACAGGAGCCCCCCUCACAAUGGGUGGGGUCGGCACCGAAAGGGUUAAGCCCGCGGGGAAGUCUGGGGCUCCAAGCCUGGGGGCGGAUCCUGGGGCUUCCUCCCUCUGGGUCCAGGGCUGAGGCUGCUGCGGAGGUGGCUGGUGCAGGUGAGGGGCGUUCGGCCCUCUGAGUGUGUGUAGUGGGGGAGGGGAGGAGACGCCUCCCUGUGCAUGCCUACCUGUGCCGUGUGGAAUUGGCCUCAAGGUUAGGGGACUCUGGGGAGGUGGCGAAGGGGAGCCAAGACGUCCUCUGGAGCAGGUGAGUAGAAGGGUGAGGCCCAGUGGACCCCCCCACCGCCAUAAACACUACCCCCAGCAUGGACCCUCCUGGCAGCAGGGCCUGGGGUAGGAAGGGCAAACAAUGGGAGUUAGGCGCAGGAGGCCUGAGCCCCCAACCUGGUGGCCGUUGGACACCCUUGUGGAUUUAGGAAGGAAGCUGUGGUCCUUAUCUAGGGUGACUAUGAAACUCAGGCCAAUGGGGAACCAAGCCUGCAAGAGCCACAUUGCUGUGGGACCUUGAGCUAGGCCCCUUGCCAUUGCUGCUGGAGCCCCAUCUGAGGGGAUACUUGGGUCUGUGCCCAAGCAAAGUGUCCCAAGCUGCGCAGUGUUGGGGAGGGGGCAUGGGCUCUGUGCUCCUGGCAGGAAAGCCGGUUCAGGAAGGGGAAAAACCGAUCCUAAUGGGUGGGUGAGUGGUGCCUGAGGAUCAGUCAGGUGGCAGGCAGGCAUGGUCCAAGUGGUCAGAAAGGCUGGGACCUAGAAUGCAGGGAAAAGGAAGGGACAGGGAGCUGCUCUUCUUCCAAAGAGAAUCUUGGGUAGGUUUAAGUAGAGGGUCAUGGCACCUAGCUUGCGUGUUUUGUCUGAUGGCCAGCCAGCCGAGACAGUAUAAGCUAAAUCCACUGUCCUGUGGAGGACAAAGUUGUAGCCACAGCAGGCUGGGGCCAGGACCUUUGGGUUCUUCCCCAGCCUUUAGCCUUCGGCCUCCCUCCUAUAUAGGGCAGGACACCCUAUUUUCUCUGCUGUCCACCUGAUUCAGGUAUAGGGGAUGGUCUCCAGGUCACCUGUGCCAUCAGGUGAGUAUGGGGACAAGGUGUAGCUUACCAGUUCCAGGUCGCAUGGCUCACCUAGCACUUGGUCAGUCCCUCCCUGCCCCAGUCCUGUCUGUCCUCCGUCUUGGCACAGCCUAGCAUGGCUGUUGUCCACAGGAAGAGCACCUUUGGGCUCUGAGGAGAUCCCAGUGUCUGGAGCCUGUACCCUUAAUCUCCAGCCUGCCAGUGAGACACCUGCAACCCAGCAGGAGAGGACCUUGGCUCCUAGCCUGACUCAGCUGAGCCUGGUCUGGACCUUACAUGUAGAGAUGACCCUCAGUCCUGGCUCAACCGAGCUGACCCUGGAGCCCGCACACCAGCCAGAGGAGACCCCCGUCCCCAGCCUGGCUGAGCUGACCCUGGAGCCUGUGCACUGCCGACCUGAGCUCCUGGAUGCCUGUGCCGACCUCAUCAAUGAGCAGUGGCCCCGCAGCCGUGCCUCCCGCCUGCACUCCUUGGGCCAGUCCUCAGAUGCCUUCCCCCUCUGCCUGAUGCUGCUGAGCCCCCGCCCCACACCCGAGGCAGCCCCCAUUGUGGUGGGUCAUGCCCGCUUGUCACGGGUGCUGGACCGGCCCCAGAGCCUCCUAGUGGAGACAGUGGUGGUGGCCCGGGCUCUGAGGGGCCGCGGCUUUGGUCGCCGCCUUAUGGAAGGCCUGGAGGAUUUUGCUCAGGCCCGGGGCUUCCGCCGGCUGCACCUCACCACCCACGACCAGCUGCAGUUCUAUGCCCACCUGGGCUAUCAGCUGGGUGAGCCUGUGCAGGGCCUAGUCUUCACUAGCCGACGGCUCUCUGCCACCCUGCUCAGGGCCUUUCCCAGAGCCCCCUCUCCCCGGCCACCCUACAAGGCUCCUAGUGUAACUGCCCAAACUGCCCCAAGAGCCCACAAGGGGCCAUCGUUGCCACCACCCCCUCCCCUGCCUGAGCCCUUGACCUCCUCUCUCACAUCUCCUGCUGGGCUCCCUCCACAAAGCCUGCUGGAGACGCAGUACCAGGAUCUGAGAGGAUGCCCCAUAUUCUGGAUGGAAAAGGACAUCUGAGGGCUACCCAGGGCAGGGCACUGUCCUUCAGGGUCGAUGGACUGCUUAGGACACUACCAGCCUCAGCCCAUGGGCCAUACCUCAGGCUCUAGCCCCUGGGGACAGCUUUAGCCUGGCCACACUUCCUGAGUGCCAGUGGGGCUGGGAGAUUGAUUGCUCCAUAGCUGUGGCUCAGAGCUGACAAUGUGGUGGAAUAAAGGCUUCUGUUGGGUGUGGCUGUGACAGUUUAUUUGUUGACCCAGCCUCAUCUUAGAUCCCCUAUCUCUGAGAGAUCUGCUAGAUCCACCUUGGUCCUGGGGCCAUGGAUAAAGGGACAUCUUUGCCCUUUGCCUCUCUUACUCUCCCAGGCCCAGGUGACAAGGUGUUUGUUCCCUUCCACAUUCACUCAUCACCAUUCACUGAGUGCCUACUGUAUGUUAGGCCCUAGGCUGGACCAAGGCAAUGGGCAACUAGGUAGACAGGCGUGCAGUGGCAGGAUCUAUGUUGGACAGUGGAGUGCGAGUGCCCUCAGUCCAUUUGGAGAUCAGGGGGAGAUGGUGUCACAGCAGAGACCUGAGCACUAAGGAGGAGUUAAACCAGGCAAGGGGGAGGGUGUUAAGUGUUCUUGGGGCAGAGAAUAAAGUGGAUAGAGGACAGAAGGGGCCUGGUGAGUGCUGUGAAUGGGCAAUGCACCAGAGGGUGCAGUGGUGCCAUGACAGACGGGAAGCAUGGGAGGGGAGCUGCCCAGGCCGAUAUAUGGCAUAACUGGUCUGAGAGGGCUGGAGGACCACCUGGGGACCAUGCUUUCCCUGCCCCCCCCCCCAUCCUUGGGAGUAGUUGGGGGAAUGUUCCUGACUUUCCCUGCUAUGUGCAAGGUGCAGCCAUGGCCAUGGCCUCUA